AUGGGCAUGUGUCGAGAUUCAUUUCCCGAAUAUCAACCAAGAUGCUACGUAGCAUUGCUAGUCGAGCUUCUUUCUACCCUCUGCGGCACUUAUAUCCCGAUCCGCGGUCCUGUCUCAUAG